UCGACUUGCUGAAAUCUAUUGCUCAAGGGUUUUCUUUCUUCAACGGCGGCAGCAGCAGCAGCAGCAGGCAUCUAGGAUCUGAGCUUGGAGCAAUGGGCCAUUCUAAUGUUUGGAAUUCUCAUCCGAAAAACUACGGUCCCGGCUCCCGGGCAUGCCGAGUAUGCGGGAACCCUCAUGGGCUAAUCCGGAAAUAUGGCCUGAUGUGUUGCAGACAGUGCUUCCGCAGCAAUGCCAAAGAAAUUGGUUUCAUUAAGUACCGCUGAGGAAUUAUGGACUUGGGGGGAGAGGAGCCUUAUCCAUGAGCAUUUACUUUGGAAGUUUGCCAGCGAAUAUGGAUACUCUUAUGAACUAGUAGUUUUGUUAAGUUGACUGGGAUUUGGUCUUUGAUAAAUCAUUCUUAUUUUGGCAUCAUCAAUAGCUUUUUUCUUUUGUUUGUUUUAUUUGAACUUGAAUAUGCUCCAAUCAAACGUGAUCAUGGGGCUAUUGAACACCACAGUUCUGCCCCUUUGGUCGUUUUAAAAAGCAAGAACAUGUACUAAAUCUGAAUGUGACCACUUUUUAUGAAAACAAAGGAGAUCUGAAACUCAUUCUCUA